UUUUUUUUUAGAUUGUAGUUUAUUUACAAUAAUAUUUUAUAUACUGUAAUUAGAUGUCUGAAAAACUAGACAUUAUUGAAAAAAAGAUUGAAGGAAUUUUAAACGCAUUACGAAUCACUACACAAGUAAUUGCUGACUUACACAUAAAUAACACGUCAAAGAAACAAAACAUAUGUUACUUUUGUAAUACUCCAGGUCACUGGAUCCAAAAGUGUCCUGAAAUCCCAACUGAAUUUCAAGAGUAUUGUAUUAGGUGUUGGAGGAGAGGACACUUUUCAAAGAAAUGUAAGUACAAGGGAAAAAUGCCAGUUUCACCUUGGAUGAAUGAGCAAGAAUAUCAAUUAUUUUUAGAAAAAUGUCUUAAAAAUGAAUCUCAGCAGUAAAUUAGAUUUUUUUUUCCAUUUUUUUUUUUUAAAAAAAAAAAUGUUUUUUUCUUCAUACUUUCAGAAGGCUGAAAAAAUAAAUAUUAAAAUAUAAAUAAAUGAAAUAAAAUUGAAACUUAUAAAAAAAAUUUUAUGGCGUAAUUUUAGUACUUUGGCUAUAAUUUAUUUUUUAAUGAUAC